UAUCAGUUAAUCGUCAUAUCAGACUGACUACGUAUCGGUCAUUCCUCCUUCUGCUCUUGCUAUUCGUGGCCUUUGUGUGUUGUCUCAGCGCAUAUAACCAUGUCGGGUGCAGUGGGCCGUGAGGCAGUCUUCCCGACUCGCCAGUCGCUCGGGUUGAUGAAGGGUAAAUUGAAGGGCGCCGAAACCGGUCACAGUCUACUGAAGCGCAAAUCCGAAGCUCUCACCAAGCGUUUCCGCGAAAUAACACGCCGCAUCGAUGAAGCCAAACAAAAAAUGGGCCGCGUCAUGCAGAUCGCCGCCUUCUCGCUGGCCGAGGUGAGCUACGCCGUCGGCGGCGACAUCGGCUACCAAGUGCAAGAGUCAGCCAAGCAGGCGCGCUUCCGGGUGCGGGCUAAGCAGGAGAACGUGUCCGGUGUGCUGCUGCCGCACUUUGAGAGCUACACGGAGGACUCGAUCAAUGACUUCGGGUUGACGGGGCUGGGCAAAGGUGGGCAGCAAGUGCAGCGGUGUCGGGAGACGUAUGCGCGGGCGGUAGAGACGUUGGUGGAGUUGGCGAGUUUGCAGACUGCAUUUGUUAUUUUGGAUGAGGUGAUUAAGGUUGUGAAUCGGAGAGUGAACGCCAUUGAGCAUGUUAUCAUCCCCCGGACGGAGAAUACGAUCAAAUAUAUCAACUCCGAGCUGGACGAAUUGGACCGCGAGGAAUUCUACCGUCUCAAGAAGGUCUCCGGCAAGAAACAGCGAGACACCGCUGCCGCCGACGCCGAGAUUCUGGCGCAGCGCGAGAAGGCCAAGGCGAAAGCAGAGGCUGCCGCGGCAGCAGCAGCCAACGGAGAGGGCGCGCCCACCGAGGAGGCCCAGGAGGAAACGGCAGAAGCCGCAGAGGAGGAAGCUCUCGAGGCACCGGACGUGCUCGGCGAGCAGGAAGAUGCCGAUGUGAUUUUCUAAGUCUAGCGCAGCGAUGUCCCCCUUGUACCUCUUGUCAUGUACCUAGUAUACUUCCUAGCUGUUCCUAUGCAUUGUUUAAGAGAUUUUUUUGUUUGGUACCCCACCAGUGAGAAGA